AUGGCACGACACGAGCAGGUUCGGCCGCGGCUCGUCGACCUUGCCGAGGUCGACGACGAUGGGCAGGACGCGCUGAUGCAGUGGCCUGCGGCCGCCUCUGUCGUCCGCAAACCUCCGCCCCAGGUCGAGAAGAAAGAGGCGAAGCAGGUGCGCUUUGACAGUGCAGGGGCCCACGAAACGGCCGAUGCGUCCAUGCCUGAGGACGCUCCGCCUGUAGAGAAGCCAUACGUGCCGGUGAUGGGUGCGAUCCGCGAGCGUGCGGAUGAUAAUGCGGGGCAUGAGCGGCGUACGGCGCCGCGCACAUCGCGCUUCCGCGCCGAGCGCGAAAUGGAUCGUGCCCUCGACGAUGGUCUCGACGAGGACGGCAAGCCCAUGUCUGCUUUUCGGCGCUCGCGCCUGCUCAAGUCCAAGGGGCAGAGUGUUGCGAGCCCCGGUAGCUCGGCGAGGCGCGAAGUCGUACAGGAAACGACAGCGCCACCCGCCCAGCCUGACAGUGCACACCCUGCCGCACCCGCCGCUGCGCCCUCCUUUUCCUCUGCUCCAUUUGUGCCGGAUCCCACGCGCGACCCCGGCGGCGGUGCUCCGCCGGACCAGGUCACGUCGCUCCUCGACUCGGUCGCCGCCGAGAAUGCUGAAAAAGUACGGCACAUGAGCUACACUAAUGUCGAAGAGGAGCUACAGGACGCCAUGGCAUUCUUUGGCGCGGACGCUCUCGCGAAGCUCAAGGCGCGCCGCGGCAUACAAGAGACAGAUGAAGGCGGCAUGUCAGAGCCGGCGGCGCCUGCUGCGCCUGCCGCGCAAGGGUGGCCUGCGCUCGAGCGGCGCCUCGCUGACGUCGACCUGGAAUCUUCGCAGAAGCCUCCGCCUGCGCCCCAGAACGCUUCGGCAGAGGAGCUCGAGGCGUUCCGUGCGAAGUACUUUCCCGACGAGCCGGAAACGGUGAACCCGUCGCUGGCGUGGACCGUGUCCGAAGACACGGCGCCUUCUGCCCCUCAGGUCCGCUUUGACUUUGGCGGCAAGGUGAGCUGGCGCCCUGGCACCGCGCCGUCCACGGACCACACAUACCUCGCUGGACUGCACCACCACGGUGCUGAGCAGCAUGCGCCGGGGUAUACCAUUGACGAGCUUCUGCAUCUCGUGCAGAGCUCGGUAGCCGCUCAGCGGACCAUGGCGCUGCAGGUGCUUGGGCGCAUCUUGUCGCUGCACCCCCAGCGCCUCGCCAACGGGCUCGCAGGCGCCACGUUUGGGACACAGGCCGAUCCGCUCGUCAACGCUGCGCUCGAUGCAGACGGUAGCACACCGCGGGCCAACAUUCUCCUGAGCGCACGCUGGCUGCUCAACGACCGCCAGCGCAGUGUGCGCAAUGCCGCGAUGACGUGCCUUGCGUCGGCACUUGCAUCCAUCAGCGUCUAUGCGCCGAGCGACGCGGUUCGUCUCGGUGCGCUGCCGGUCAGUGCGCCGCCGCGCCUUGACUGGCUCUGGCUCUCAGCGCUGCAGCCCGAAGGGGCAUGGACGCCGCGCGAGGCUCCCGGGGCGUACGCAGAGACAGACGCGAGCUACAUUGAGCUGGUGCGCCGCGACUGGGCGUCGACGCUGCUGCAGACAGACCUGCUUGCGACGCUCGACUCGCUCGCGGCUGCCCAUGCCGCGCUGGACGAUGCGGCGAUUGGCACACACCAAGCCGCCGACAUUGUCGAGACGCGCGCGGCACUCUUGGAUAUUCUCUUUUUCCUCGUGGUGCAUAGCACGGAGGCCGCACAGCGCCUUGCGCAGCACCCCCACGCCGUGCGUCUCAUUGCUCAGCUCGGGGGCACGGCGCGGGCAUGGCCUCUUGGCGACGUUUCGACGUGGCCGUCGGCGCAUGCUCUUGCGCUUAUCCUGCGCUCUGUACAGAGCUCAAAGCACACUGCCGAAGAGCUGAUGGGCCAAGGCGUGCUUGGCGGCGUGCUGCGCUACCUUGUCCUUCCUCCUAUUGGCACACCGGAAGGGCCGGUCCAAGUGCAGGAGCAGAUCCUGCUGUUCCUCGCUGUGCGGAUUGUAACCUGUCUUGCGCGGUAUGGUCUGUGUAGCACGAGCGUCCGGGAGACAUGGCCCGCACUCCAGCGCCUCGGUGACUGGGCCGCGACGUCGGAGGAGCGCGCAGCGCCAGCCGUGCUCGAGAUGCUCGCUGUGUGGACGCACCUAGCACGCCAAGGGCCGCGACACGGCGACCUUGGCGUGAACUGGCCAGCGGUGCGCGAAUGGGUGCGUUGGAGUGUCGCGUGCCUCGCGCAGACACCGGCUGUGGCCAAGACGGCGGCGAUUGAGCACAUUGCGAGCUGGGCGUAUGCCGCACGCGAGCUCGAGCCGGAGCUGCUCGAAAUGGACGGAAAAGAGCGCGUUGUGCAGCAGGUGCAAACGCUUUUGCACAACACCAAGGCAACGUUGCCUGUUGCGCUUGCCGCGCUCGAGCAUAGCCGCAUGCAGCGCGACGCUGCUGGGGCUGCCAAGGCGAUUCUGGAGCUAGUGCCGAUGGCCAAGCUUGCGGGCGCCGUAGCACAGCUCAUGCAAGCGACACCAUGGGCAUGGACCGACAAGGAGCUAUGUGCAGAAGUGCAGCACACGAUUCUUGCGUCGCCGCUUAUCGAUGUGCUCAGCAUGCCGAUCGUCGGCGUGGACGGCACGUCCGAGGCUGCGCAGGUCGUCGUUCUUGCUGCGUGCAUGGAAAGUGUGGGCAUGACAGGAGCAGUGGAGGGUGUCGCGACGCAGGACGCCAACGAGGAGGAAGCCUCGGACGCGUCUGCAGCGCCCGUGCCUACUGAUACCAGCGAUGCGCUUGAGAGCGAUGCGCCCCCGAGCCAAAGCGCCUCGCCUGCGAUCCCUUCGCUUCUUGCGCUCGUAGCCCUUCCUCCAGAGGAAGGCGCGCUCGCGCACCGCCUCCUUACUACGCUUGUCCAGCGCUGGGACGCACGUAUCUGGACGGUCCUUGCGCCGUUCCUCGAGGACCUCUUGCAACGUGCCGGCACGCCGCCUGCCACGUCUUACUCGCUCGUCAAGACGCUGCAGCUCUCUGCGACGAUGCCCCCCAGCCUUGCCAUUACCCCCCUCCCUGCCGGGCUUCCCGAGUCGGACAGUGUGACAGGGGCGACGCUGUGGCAGGCGUCCUCGUCCGGCCUUCCUCUGCGGCACGACUGGCCCUUUGCGCCGCUUGACGAUCUGCUGCACAGCGGCGAGGCGCGCGUCUUUAACCGCGCCGAUGGCCUGCCCGCCGACUGGGACUUUAGCGAGGCGGACAUUGUAGCGGCGACGUUGCAGCUUGCCGUGCGUGUCGCCCAUGCGUCGCUCGGCGCCGCGCUGCCCUCGCUGAUGCAAGCCGCGCACGUCUGGCUCGGCGUGAUCAAGGUCUUUUUGCUCGAGCAGAACCAGGCGCACUCGGAAAAAUACUCUGGCGCGGCGACUGGGCGCGAUCUGUACGCGACCAAGCCCGUGCGCCGUCUGCUGCAGACGCUCAUGCACCUUGCCGACUGUGCAGCGGCGCAGUGCCCCACUGUCAGUCUCGAGGACGCGGCCGACGCGCUGCGCACUGGCGUGUCGUUCUACCAGCUGUAUACGGACCUUAUCGGGCUGUACGAUGCCGUGUCGCUUGGUGACCCCGUCUUUGCACGCGCGCUUCUCCCACCCCUUGCCAUGACCUAUGCGGUGGACUACCGGCGCUUGCUGUGGAGCGACUAUGCCCACCUCCUCCGGACCAUUACGACGCGGGUCGAGGAUGCGCCGGUGAGCACUGGUGGCGCCCCCCCGUCGUCCGACAGUGCGGCGCCCGGUGUGGGUGCGCCGCUGUGUAUCCCGGUCGAGCGCCGUGUCGCGGGCUAUUUGCACCCCCUCGAGACGGACCGCAUCGUGCUGGGAUGCUAUGCGCAGGCGCUGCGCUCUGGCCAGGUGACGCCUCAGCAGCCCCUCUUGUACCGCAUUGCGUUGCACCACACGGCCCAUGCGCUCUUUGGCACCGGGUCGUAUCCUGACCGCGACGCGCUGGGCCGGCUGCUCUUUUCGUCGGAUGCGCCGGCGGCCGUGCAAGGCGAUCUUGUCCGCUAUCUUGGUGCGAGCGACGCGGAUGUCGCUCGCUGGGUAUCUACGUAG